UUUGAUGAUGUAUUUGAGGGAUUUCGUAGCAUACGCGAAAUGGAGGCAGAAAUGGAACCUUUAAGUGAUGAUGAAAUUAAAACAAAUUUAAGGAAGUUAAAAAAUCGUCUUGCGAAAAGCAAGGCCAUCCAUACUAUACACUUACGAAAGAGCUUGAAAGGUGUUACUGAGAAAGUUGUGAGUUGGAAAGAUCCACUUGGAAGUCGAGUAAUUAGUGAUAAAACUGAGAUGGUGCGCCAGUUGCCCCGCAAUGCUUUCAAAUCUUUCAUGGGUCCCAAAUUACGUAUGCAACCACAAGCUUCAGAUGAGAUUCGAGAAAUGUGUGAGGAAUAUGUAGAAAAUUUUUCUGAAGAUACUUCAGAAAUUUUAUUGAAUAAUUCGCACGACGGCAAGUGGAAAGAAUCAGAUGAGAAUUUAAAAAAAGUUGCGAAAGAAAUUAUCGAUGCAUUAAAUGAGGUUUGGAAAAAUCCGACCUUUUCCUCUAAAAAUUCUAAAUCAUUAAAUGAGGGAACUUAUGUUACAGAG